AUAGAGGGAGACUACUGGUGCAAACUUGGCGGGUUGUGCCACUUUCCGGUGUGGACCCUGGGCGGCGGGUCAACAUUCCCGACGCUAGCGUAUGCAAAUGUCGAGCGUGCUGACCAGGGGAGAUGCAUUUUGCAUAGCGGAUUGUCAACUCGAUAUAGUAGAUAG